AAACAUAACCUACUGCUCCUACUAGUUACGGUAUUAAAUUUAAGACCCCACCUGUAUUUUUUUAUAAAAUGAGUAACAAGAUUACUAGCGAUUCAGAUGAAGAGAAGAAACCAGUUUUAAUAAAGAACGCUACAGACUUACAACGGCUUAAGCUUGAAAAAUUGAUGAAAAACCCUGAUAAACCAGUUGUUAUACCAGAUCCUCCUAAAUCGAAGAAUUUACCACCGCCUCCCGACUUCGUACGAAAUGUAAUGGGUUCGAGUGCUGGUGCUGGUUCUGGAGAGUUCCAUGUUUACAGACAUUUAAGGCGAAAAGAAUAUGCUAGACAGAGAUUCAUUCAAGAAAAGAGCGAAAAGGAAAAACUGGACGAGGAGUAUCACAAAAAAAUAGAAGAUAACAGAAGAGCAGCAGAAGAACGCACUGCUAAGAAACGGGUAAAGAGAUUGAAGAAAAAGCGAAAUGCAAAAAUUAAAGAGAAAAGAAACAAAACAGAAAACAAGGAAGCUGCUUCAUCACAAUCUGAUGUAAGCAGUGACAAUGACAAUGAAAGUAAUGGAAACAUCCAGGAUUGUGAUGGAACUGAUAAGCAGAAGAAUGAGGAUAUAGGUUCAUCAAAAUUUGAACAUAAUAGUAGAAAUAAGUCUGAGAACAUUGAACAAAAAAGCAGUGAGGAUAUUUAACUUUUACUUUGGAAUAGACAAAAUAUCAAGAUUAAUCUAGGUGAUGUAAAUAGUUAUGCAAGAUGAAAUUAUAAAUAAAUACAAAAUUCCUUU